AUGGCUCCUUUCAAAUUUGCCAAAAAAUUGACAAAGGAUAAGAAACCUAAUAAUUCCAAUCCCACCUCUAAUCACGUCCAGGGGACUCCACCUAAAGCACCUAGAGCAUCUCAAUCAAGUCAAAAUGAUGGCAGCACUGGUUCACAGAGUACUCAUAAUGGAUCUAGUGGAUCUCAUGAUCAAAAUCAACACCAGUUUCAUAUGCAGAAUUCGCCAAAUAUGAAAGGUCAAUUGAACAAUCCAUUACCUCCACCACCUCCACAAAAUCAGCAACAUGGUCUACAACAGUCUCAUCAACAGCAACAGCCGCUACAUCAUAUGUCCAAUCCUCAAUCUCGCGUGUUUCCUUCACCUGCCCAACAACGUAACGUAUCAGGAGCAUCUACUUCAUUACCACAACAUCAGAAGGAAUAUACACCUUGGAAUAGAGUUAAAUUACAGAAUUCACCUUUCCCACGCUAUAGACACGUUGCGUCUUCCAAUUGUUCAGAGGAUAACAGCCUUUAUGUAAUUGGGGGUUUACAUGAUCAAAGUGUUUAUGGUGAUACUUGGAUAAUAUCUACAAAUGACAAUGGAACUCAAUUCCAGUCCAAGACCGUGGAGAUUAGUGAAACCACUCCCCCACCUCGUGUAGGACAUGCUGCCACUCUGUGUGGGAAUGCAUUCGUGUUAUUUGGUGGUGAUACUCAUAAAGUCAAUAGUGAAGGUCUUAUGGAUGACGAUCUUUACCUUUUCAAUGUAAAUUCCUACAAAUGGACUAUUCCACAUCCAAUUGGUCCACGCCCCUUGGGUCGUUAUGGUCACAAAAUUUCCAUUAUGGCAGCCAAUCAAAUGAAGACGAAACUGUAUUUAUUUGGUGGUCAAUUCGAUGACACUUAUUUCAACGAUUUAGCAGUUUUCGAUUUAUCCUCAUUUAGGAGACCUGAUUCUCAUUGGGAAUUCUUAAAACCAACAACUUUUUCACCACCACCACUAACUAAUCACACGAUGAUUUCAUAUGAUAAUCACCUUUGGGUUUUUGGUGGUGAUACAUUACAAGGUUUAAUCAACCAAGUUUUCAAAUAUGAUGUUGCUAAUAAUGAUUGGUCCAUUGCAGAGACGACUGGUACUAAACCACCUCCAAUGCAAGAGCAUGCUGCCGUUGUCUACAAACAUGUAAUGGUUGUCGUGGGUGGUAAAGAUGAACAUGACACUUAUCUGAAUAGUGUUUAUUUCCUCAAUUUAAAGACUCACGAAUGGUUUAAGCUCCCUACUUUCAAGGCUGGCAUUCCUCAGGGUCGCUCUGGCCAUUCUUUAACUCUUUUAAACAACGACAAGUUGCUAAUUAUGGGUGGUGACAAGUUUGAUUAUGCACGUCCAGGAGAAUAUGAUUUAAACACUUCAACUACUGAUAUGGGUAAGGGUACCUUAUUAUACACUUUGGACUUAUCUCGUAUUGAAGAAAUAUGUCCUGGUGUAUUGAAAACAACUGAAAGACAGGCUGCUACUUUUGUACCUGUAACUCCACCAAUUAAUCCUCAACAACAAGCUAAAUUAUCACAACCUCCACAACCAAACAUUUUAACUCCUUACUUACAAGAGGGACAACUGACUCCAAAUGAUAAUAGAGUACCAUCACAACCAAAACAGUUGACUCCAAGUAAAGUACCCCAUGCACCUUUUGAUAAUGAGGCCCGUGAAAGGUUCAAUCAAUUUUCCAACCCACCACACCAAUAUUCACAACAACAACCUCCAUUUCAUCAACCAGUACCAAGACAGACACCACAAUCACACCAACAACAAUUCGCAGGCUCUAGUCAAUUUACACCUCAACGGAACUCUCCUCAAUACACACCUCAACAGCAACCGCACGGUCAACCACAACAUCCAUAUUAUAAAAAGGGCCAUGCGCGCCAACCAUCAGAUCUUAAAAAACCAGUUUCACCAAUUCCAGAAUUAGAACGUACAAAAUCCAAUAACAAUGAGGAUGGUCCCAGAGUUGCUUCUAUGGGUAGUGGACCUAGUGGACCUAGUGGACUCGGCGGACCUAGUGGACUCGGCGGACCUAGUGGACUCGGCGGGCCUAGUGGACACGGAGGACCUGGUGGAACUGGUGCACCCAGCGGACCUAGUGGACUCAACGGACCUACUGGCUUUGAUGGACCUGUUGGUAUUAAGGGACCUUCUGGCUCUGAUGGACCUGCUGACAUUGAGAAGCCUGCUAACAUUGAGAAGCCUGCUAACAUUGAGAAGCCUGCUAACAUUGAGAAGCCUGCUAACAUUGAGAAGCCUGCUGACAUUGAGAAGCCUGCUAACACUGAGAAGCCUGCUAACACUGAGAAGCCUGCUGACAUUGAGAGGCCUGCUGACACUGAGAGAUCUGCUGACAUCGAGAGAUCUGCUGACAUCGAGAGAUCUAUUGAUACUAAUGGAACUCAAGAAAACAAAAGCAGACCUGAUAGCAUGGCAGGAGAGGUUGGUAUUGCCACGGUUGCAAGCUCUCCCUUGAAGGGCGAUGUUAAAUUGGAAAAUAGUGAUCAAACUUCUGCAUACUCGUCUCAUGAAAACUAUUAUGAGGACAGGGAACAUUUAUCCUUCAGAGGUACGGAAAAUGGUCUGAGUGAACCUGUAGAGAUAACCAAACGAGACAGUGCAUCCAGCACAACACUUACCAAGGGUGAUAUUACUGCCUCUAAUGGAUCUGGCCAGAAUAAACCGUUCGGUGUGGGUCCACCGCCAGCGAUCCCUAGUACCCAUCCAAUGAAUCCUUCUGGUUCCAGUGCUUCUAAUGCAGCAACUGUUAAUGGUUCCGAUUUCGAUAUGAGCAGAAUGUCAUCAAAGGAAACCGUUAACAAAGAAGUAAUCCACCGUCUACGUUCUCAAUUGGAAGAACUCAGAAUCAUUACCGAGGACAAAGCUCUUCAAGCUAGCGAGCAUAUCAAAGAAUUGGAAGUCGAAGUACAAAGAUUAAGGAAUGAACCUUCAAGAGAUAUCAAAACUGCCGAUUUUAUCAAAUUGCAAUCGCAUUGUGAUGUUAUGGAGGCAAACCAUAAUUUGAUGGAAGAGAGAAUUCAUGAAUUAGAAAAUAUGUUAACUGCCAAAUUCGCUGAUACUGAAGUCUUGAACAAGAUUAUCAGAGUGCAAUCUAGUAAAUUGGACGACUUAGAACAAGAGAUCCCAUUCCAGGAACAAUUGCAAGAAUUACAGACCAGAUACGAUAAUCUAGCUGCUGAAAAUGAAUCCUUGAAAACUAAAUUAGCAGGAUCAGAAACCGAAUUCAGACAGUCUGUUAAACAAUAUUCAUUACAGUUGAACAACUUUAUGGAACAAUGGAGAGAACAUAAUCCUCUCAGGGAGACCGGUGAAUUAGAUGCUGACGGAAGACCCAAACGUGAAUUGGUGCCAGGUGGUAGUUAUCAUGAAGCAGCAAUGCAAAAGUUACAACAGAGACUCGAUGAUCUAUUACAAACAAAUGAAGAAUUAACACAAUCUCGUCACAAAUUAACAGAUGACCACCGUGAGUUGACCACCAAACAUGGUGAAUUAAACGAAAAUCUGGAGGCUCGUCAAAGGGAAUUAGAAGAGAUUCAAAGCAACUACCAAGAAGUAUUGAACUCUGCUAAUAACUCUAGCAAAGCCCUUGAAAUGUCACAGAGUGAAUUGGAUAAAUAUAAACAAAUCAACAAAAAAUUACAAAACGAAUUAGAUGAAUUGAGAUUUGUUCGUGAACCAUCCACCGGCAAUGACUCCGCAAGUAACAUCGGAAUUGCUGGUAACAACCACUACAGCAUGAAAAUCAACGACCUCAAGGCUGAACUGUAUAUUUUCAAACAGGAAAGGGACAAUCUUAAGGACGAAGUGUUGCAAUUAAAGAAAAAACUAUUAAGCAUGGGUGAGCAAUAA